GGAACAUAUACCACUUACUAUAUAAAUUCAUACUAUCUACUAAGAAUUCCUCUAAUAGCUGUCUCAUCAAUAUGCAAGUAUUUCUUCAAAUCCAACUAUUGACUCCUGUGGCCACUUUCAUGUUUUGAAUUGAAGAUUUCAAGGGACCAGAUGAACAUCAUUAAAUGAAGUCACACAGCAUGGAUGUGACGUAACAAUUGUUACCAGCUCAUAGGGAAAGAGGCAGAAGCAGGAAAUGUUAGGUCCACAUCAGAGGUGCAGAAAGCAAGUAACCACCCUGGGUUAGUCUGUUCAAGUCGAAGGCUAGAAUUUCCCAAGAAAAAAGUAGAGGCUACAACUCAGGAUCAUCUCUCAAGCUGCAACGAACUCCACAGGAUUAAACCGAAAUGGCAACCCAAUUUGACUGUCAACACUGCACAUCAUCACUUCUUGGGAAGAAGUAUGUACUAAAGAAUGACAACCCAUACUGUGUUUCCUGUUAUGAUCGUUUCUUCUCUAACUAUUGUGAAGCAUGCAAAGAACCAAUUGAAUCAGAUUCCAAGGAUCUUUGUUACAAAGACCGGCAUUGGCAUGAAACAUGCUUCAGGUGCACCAAAUGCUAUCACUCUUUGGUGGAAAAUCCCUUUGCUGCCAAGGAUGAGCGCCUCCUCUGCACGGAAUGCUAUUCUAAUGAGUGCUCCUCCAAGUGCUUCCACUGCAAGAGGACCAUCAUGCCUGGUUCUCGCAAAAUGGAAUUUAAGGGGAACUACUGGCAUGAAACCUGCUUUGUGUGCGAAUAUUGCCGGCAACCAAUAGGGACAAAGCCUUUGAUCUCCAAAGAGACUGGCAAUUAUUGUGUGCCAUGUUUUGAGAAGGAAUUUGCUCAGUACUGCAACUUUUGUAAAAAGGUGAUAACUUCUGGUGGGGUAACAUUUCGUGACCAGCUAUGGCAUAAGGAGUGUUUUCUGUGUAGUGGCUGCAGGAAAGAGCUUUGUGAAGAAGAGUUUAUGUCCAGGGAUGAUUAUCCAUUCUGCUUGGACUGCUAUAACUGUCUUUAUGCCAAAAGGUGUGCAGCCUGUGACAAACCUAUUUCUGGUCUAAAAGGUGCCAAGUUUAUUUGCUUUCAAGAUCGCCAGUGGCAUAGUGAGUGUUUUAACUGUGGGAAAUGCUCCAUCUCCUUGGUGGGCGAAGGCUUCCUGACCCAGAACAUGGAGAUCUUCUGCCGGAAAUGUGGCUCUGGGAUGGACAGCGACAUCUAAUUUCCCCAGCCGAAAUCCGCCUUGCCUUUGUUCUCACUAAAUCCGGAACUCAGUUGCAGUAGUAUUCUUGACUUACCUCUUAGAAAAUGUUGAAGUAGGGUUUAUAGCAGAAACGAUUUUACAUGCAUUGCGAAUGAACUGUAUAAUGAGAUAAAAAAGCACAAAUUAGUAUCUACUAAAUCACAGUCACCUCACCUUGCAUUCAGCUGUUAGAAACACAGGAGCAUAUCUCUUUUAAACAAGUGUGUGACCUGUACCUACGAGCUGUGAAUAUUACUUAUGAAGAGUGGCAUUUUUCAAAACUAUGGAGUAAAACAAAAAUUCAGAUUGAGAGGUACACAUAAGGCCAAUGUUUGCAUUUCUAGCUAGCCGGUUAUAUGUUAUGUGAUACAUUAAGAAUUUAGAAGAGAGAUGACUAUGCUAUCACAUUUAAGAAUUAUAUCAUUUUAAAAUAAUUCUGUUAUUGUUCAUAUAUCCUGGCUUUAAAAAUGGAAAAUAAGUCCACAAUUUGGUCUCACGCAUUGCUUCCGUGGUUAGUUUGUCCCUGUGUUCAGCUGGCGGGAUGUGAGAACUAUAAAUGUUACUGCUGUCAGUAACAUAGGUAUAUGUAUAAAGGUAUAUUUCAUAGGUAUAAAGGGGAGCAUUUCUGCCUGUGCAUCACCAAAGCAGUGAUCUCAACACAGCUGGUCUUAAAAGCUCCCAGUGAUUUUUUUAAAUGCUUAUGGGUUCCAUGAAGUCAAAGUCUUCCUUCAAGUGAAGCUAACCAUGAAAAUGAUUGUCCCCAGUAGCAAAACUUGGAAGCAAACGAAACAUUAAAUCAUCACUUGUGAAAAUGAAUUAAAGAAGAGACUGAGUGUUGGAACAUGACUUUCAUUCAGAAACCUAAAGGCAUAAUAGAAUAUAUAAUUAGCUCCCAUUCAUGGAUUUUGCCUUCUAAAAUUGUAAAGAUGAUUAAUGAACAGAUAUGAAUACAGGUUUUUAAGAAAUCUAAUAAAAAUGAAAAGGAAUAAUUUUUGGUAAUUCAAACCCUGUGAACAGUAGAGAAACAUGGGUCACAGGUGAGCCCCCCCACCGCUCCCCUGCACAGUGAGUGCCAUGUGCCUUUCCCACACUCAGCCUUACCCCCGGGCACCAGUUUGCUGCAUGACCAGAAGCUUCCCAGCUAACCCCAGAUCCCCACUCGACAAUUAAGUCAAUACAUAUUAAGUCACAAGGAAGAAAGUCUUCGUGAACAAGUUCUUUGGAGACGCUGUACCACAUAUGUGUCUCUUACCACCUUCUCUUAUAGCAGACCUUGUGUAGGGUAGAGAGAGGUCAGAAGAAGCUCAUCUAGACAUACUUAUGUGCCUGCUUUCAGAAUGCGACGGCAUUUUAAUAAUGCUGGGUAAAAUAAUUAUAAGCUGGGCCUGAUUACAAUGAUUGAAAUAACGUCACAGUCAGAAUUAUGAUCAAAAGAAUUUUUGAAUUACUUUUAAAUACAAGAAUUCCAGAGACUUUAACAACUGGGAGAUACUAAUAAAAGGUCAGGGUACACAGGUUAUUUGAAAAGUACAAUUGAAAUCAACAAUGCCAUCAUUUAAUAUCUCAAAUUCACAAGGUAAAAUGCAGGCCAAACUAUCAAAAUUUGUCCUGCUUUAUAUGAAAUUGCACAUUAUAAAAAAAGUAUCAAUUGUUCUAUUUUCUAGAAAAUGAUCAUUUAUUACAUCUGUAGAAUGCUAAACCAUUCAAUAUCAGUAUAGUUAGCAUGUAACAUUUUCUCUGUUGACCAAUUAUAUAUAGUUAUCUAUAAUAUCUAUAUCUAUAUCUAUAUCUAUAUCUAUAUCUAUAUCUAUAUCUAUAUCUAUAUCUAUAUAACAUGUUUUCUUAACCUAUUUGUAGUAUUUAGGCAUUUUCCUGUGUGUGUAGGGGUUAGGAUGCAUACAAUCAGGUUUGCAUUUUAUCUUUAUAAUUAAAAUUUAUAGUUUCACUUCCUUUUAUUAUCUUUUUAAGUAUAGCUUAGUAUGCAUAUUUCACAUAUAAAUAGUUCUAUAUUUAGAAAGCAGCUUAGUCACCAAACAGAUAUUUAAACAUGUGCUAUGGUAGGAUUAGACCUUAGACUGUUGCAGUUUUGAACUGCAGGGAGGGCAGGAGGGUGGGUCCUGGUGCAGAAAUAUGGAAGUGACAGUGCGGAGUCCUUCCCUAGAGCUUACAGAAAGCACCGCUGCAGACACAGCACACGUGCAAAACUACUGAGAAAAACCUUGUUACACUGUAUGACAUACAUACAAAGAUAACUAUGAAAAUCACAGUUAAUUUAUUUGACGUAUAUAAUAAAGCGAAGAGCAUAUCCAAAAGCAAAAUGGGCUGCAUCAGGCAAGAGAGGACUCCUUAUGGCUCAGGUGACAUCUGAACAGGCAGGGAAGUAGUUAGAAGCAAACUUUGAGAGUUAGUAACAGCCAGAUGGCUUGGGAGUAGCAGGAAAACUGUGUCAAAAGACAAAAAACUGAGAUUGCUAAAAGAGAAAGGGUCAGAGGAAGAGAAAGUAUUAACUUUUAAGAAAAAGGUAUAUAACAGGCCGUAGGAAGUUUUUAAAUAAAGGAGAAAGAAUCAUGACAGUGUUUCAGAAACAUUAUGCUAAUGAACGUGUGUGAGCUAGGACUGCAGUGGCAGGUUUCCAAGGGUGAGGUUUCUCACUGCAUAAUGUGUUUGCUUCACGGCUACAAAAGUGAAAAA